AUGGCCUGUCCCUGGCAGUUUCUGUUCAAAAUCAAAUCCCAAAAGGUGGACUUGACUACGGAACUGGACAUCAACAACAACGUGGAAAAAGGCUACCAGCCUCUGUCCAGUCCAGUGACACAGGAUGACCCCAAACGUCACAGCCCGGGCAAGCACGUGAAUGAGUCUCCCCAGCCCCUCACGGGGACGGUAAAGACGUCUCCAGAGUCCCUGGGUAAGCUGGACACACCCCCAUCAGCCUGUCCACGGCAUGUGAGGGUCAAAAACUGGGGCAGCGGAGUGACUUUCCAAGACACGCUUCACCAGAAGGCCAAAGGGGAUCUCUCUUGCAAGUCCAAGUCUUGCCUAGCAUCCAUCAUGAACCCCAAAAGUUUGACCAUAGGACCCCGGGACAAGCCAACCCCCCCAGAUGAGCUUCUACCUCAAGCUAUCGAAUUUGUCAACCAGUAUUACGGCUCCUUCAAAGAGGCAAAAAUAGAGGAACAUCUGGCCAGGGUGGAAGCGGUAACAAAGGAGAUAGAAACAACAGGAACCUACCAGCUGACGGGAGAUGAGCUCAUCUUCGCCACCAAGCAGGCCUGGCGCAAUGCCCCCCGCUGCAUCGGGAGGAUCCAGUGGUCAAACCUGCAGGUCUUCGAUGCCCGGAGCUGUUCCACGGCCCAGGAAAUGUUCGAACACCUCUGCAGACACGUGCGUUAUGCCACCAACAAUGGCAACAUCAGGUCGGCCAUCACCGUGUUCCCCCAGCGGAGCGAUGGGAAGCACGACUUCCGGGUCUGGAACGCCCAGCUCAUCCGCUAUGCCGGCUACCAGAUGCCGGAUGGCAGCAUCAGAGGGGACCCCGCCAACGUGGAGUUCACACAGCUGUGCAUCGACCUCGGCUGGAAGCCCAAGUACAGCCGCUUCGACGUGUUGCCUCUAGUUCUGCAGGCUGACGGCCGCGACCCAGAGCUCUUCGAAAUCCCCCCUGACCUUGUACUCGAGGUGCCCAUGGAACAUCCCAGGUACGAAUGGUUCCGGGAGCUGGAGCUCAAGUGGUACGCCCUGCCAGCCGUGGCCAACAUGCUGCUCGAGGUGGGCGGCCUCGAGUUCCCAGGAUGCCCCUUCAACGGGUGGUACAUGGGCACGGAGAUUGGAGUCCGGGACUUCUGUGACGUCCAGCGAUACAACAUCCUGGAGGAAGUGGGCAGAAGGAUGGGCCUGGAAACGCACAAACUGGCCUCACUCUGGAAGGACCGGGCUGUCGUUGAGAUCAACGUUGCUGUGCUCCACAGUUUCCAGAAGCAGAAUGUGACCAUCAUGGACCACCACUCCGCUGCAGAGUCCUUCAUGAAGUACAUGCAGAAUGAGUACCGCUCCCGAGGGGGCUGCCCAUCCGACUGGAUUUGGCUGGUCCCCCCGAUUUCCGGAAGCAUCACUCCCGUGUUCCACCAGGAGAUGUUAAAUUACGUCCUGUCCCCUUUCUACUACUACCAGGUGGAGGCCUGGAAAACCCACGUCUGGCAGGACGAGAGGCGGAGGCCCCAGAGAAGAGAGAUUCGAUUCAAAGUCUUGGUCAAAGCCGUGUUCUUUGCCUCAGUGCUGAUGCAUAAGGCCAUGGCAUCCCGGGUCAGAGCCACGAUCCUCUUUGCAACGGAGACAGGGAGAUCAGAAACGCUGGCCCACGACCUCGGGACUUUGUUCAGCUGUGCCUUCAACCCCAAGGUUCUCUGCAUGGAUCAGUACCGGCUGAGCCACCUGGAGGAGGAACAGCUGCUUCUGGUGGUGAGCAGCACUUUUGGCAACGGAGACUCCCCCGGCAAUGGAGAGAAACUGAAGAAGUCCCUCUUCAUGCUGAAAGAACUCACCAACAAGUUCCGGUAUGCUGUAUUUGGCCUUGGCUCCAGCAUGUACCCUCAGUUCUGUGCCUUUGCUCAUGACAUCGACCAGAAGUUGUCCCAGCUGGGGGCUUCUCAGCUUGCCCCAACCGGGGAAGGGGACGAACUCAGCGGGCAGGAGGAGGCCUUCCGCAGCUGGGCUGUGCAAACCUUCAAGGCAGCCUGUGAGACAUUUGAUGUCAGUGGCAAGCACCACAUUGAGAUCCCCAAGCUCUACACUUCCAAUGUGACCUGGGACCCACACCACUACAGGCUCACGCAGGACUCAGAGCCUCUGGAUCUCAACAGAGCCCUGAGCAGUAUGCACGCCAAGCAUGUGUUCACCAUGAGGCUCAAAUCGCAGCAGAAUCUUCAGAGUCCAAAAUCCAGCCGCACCACCCUCCUGGUGGAACUCUCCUGUGAGGGCAGUCAAGCUCCAAGCUACCUGCCGGGGGAGCAUCUUGGAGUUUUCCCAUGCAACCAGCCGGCCCUGGUCCAAGGCAUCCUUGAGCGAGUGGUGGAUGGCCCUGCCCCGCACCAGCCUGUGUGCCUGGAGACCCUCUGUGAGAAUGGCAGCUACUGGGUCAAGGACAAGCGACUGCCACCUUGCUCACUCAGCCAGGCUCUCACCUAUUUCCUGGACAUCACCACACCACCAACCCAGCUGCUGCUCCGAAAGCUGGCCCAGCUGGCCACGGAAGAGGCUGAGAAGCAGAAGCUGGAGACGCUAUGCCAGCCCUCGGAUUACAACAAGUGGAAGUUCACCAACAGCCCCACAUUCCUGGAGGUGCUGGAGGAGUUCCCGUCCCUGCGGGUGUCUGCCAGCUUCCUGCUCUCCCAGCUCCCUAUUCUGAAGCCCCGGUACUACUCCAUCAGCUCCUCCAGGGACCUCACACCCACGGAGAUCCACCUCACUGUGGCCGUGCUCACGUACCGCACCCGAGAUGGCCAAGGUCCCCUGCACCAUGGUGUCUGCAGCACGUGGCUCAGCAGCUUGAAACCCCAAGACCCGGUGCCCUGCUUUGUGCGAAGUGCCAGCGGCUUCCAGCUUCCUGAGGACCGCUCCCGUCCUUGCAUCCUCAUCGGACCCGGCACGGGCAUCGCCCCCUUCCGCAGUUUCUGGCAGCAGCGACUCCAUGAGGCUGAGCACAAAGGGCUCCAGGGUGGCCGCAUGACCCUCGUUUUCGGGUGCCGCCGCCCCGAAGAGGACCACCUCUACUGGGAGGAGAUGCUGGAGAUGGCCCGCAAGGGGGUGCUGCACGAGGUGCACACAGCCUAUUCCCGCCUGCCUGACCAGCCCAAGGUCUAUGUUCAAGACAUCCUGCGGCAGCGGCUGGCAGGUGAGGUGCUUCGUGUGCUCCAUGAGGAGCAAGGCCACCUCUAUGUCUGCGGGGACGUGCGUAUGGCCCGGGACGUGGCCUGCACCCUGAAGCAGCUGGUAGCUACUGCGCUGAGCCUGAACGAGGAGCAGGUGGAGGACUAUUUUUUCCAGCUCAAGAGCCAGAAGCGCUAUCAUGAAGACAUCUUUGGUGCUGUAUUUCCCUAUGAGGUGAAAAAGGAUGAGGCAGCAGGGCUGCCAAGUGAUCCCAGAGCUCCAGGCACCCAUAUGAGAAGUUAA